AUCAAAGACAGAUUGGAAUGUUUAAAUAACUUAUAGCAAUCGUAUAGCACGGGAGUGUCUUGUAGUACUGACGCUAUUGAUAUCGAUGCUGCAUUGUCUCCCAUUUUUGGCGCGAAAACUUCAUUUCCUUGGCUACUGUAACGGUGUGAAGAAAGGAUAUUACCGUUGCUGCUACCAUAUACAGACGAAGAUAGAAAUGUAACAACAGAAUAUUUGCUCCUGCAAGUAAAGUUAUUAUACCCAAUAGACUGUAGUGCACAGUACAUGUAUAAACAGCAGAUAUACAAUGUCCACAUCAAAGUUGUCAUUGCCUGCCAGAAAACUCCUUGUGCAAGAUCUUCAGUACUGCAAACAAGUGAGCCCAGCUACCAAGGACAGUGAACCUGCAUCCUGUGUCACAUACUGGACCAUGUCAACCAAUGGGAAGGAUGUCUCUUUUGGCAUGGUCUGGGUACAGGGGGUUGUCAAACAGGUUAGUGAAGAAGGGUUUUGCAUGCUAGAUGAUGGCACUGGAGUUGUAAUGAUUAUUCUUCACAAACUUAUUCCCAAGGGAUGUUCAAAGGUUGAAACCGGAAAAUACAUGAUGGUGGUUGGCAGUCUGUUGUCUGCAGGUGAUACUCCAAGGGUGAGGGCAGUGAAGGUACAGGAUCUGUCCCCCUCACAAGCAAUACAGCAGGCUUCCUGGCCACUGGAGGUCGUGGAUUUACAGUUGCAUGGGGACAGCUGAUAGGAGAGAGGAUACAUACAAUGCAGGCAUUAUCUUCAGCAUCCAAAUGGCCUUUGGUCCUUGUAAUAUGUAUGCAUAGUUUAUCCUGAGACUUCAUGCAGCCAAAGGACUGCACCAGUAUAGAAUCACUGAGGAAAUAAAAUAUGAAAUAGAUUUACAAAAGUUCUCUCUUUGUUGGCAAUAUAAGGCCAGUGGCAGUGCUCUAAGACUCGAAUAAUGUGCCUCAGUCACUAUGAUAAAGACUCACGGCAGUGUCUUGCAUGCUGUGUGCAACUUGAGACAGAUUUUCUGUGUAUUGAAAUACUGAACCAAACGGUAAUUUUUUUCUGACAAAUGUUUUCCUUCACAUGGUUGCUUUAUCAGUAAAACUCGAGAUGACAAUAUGUUAAAAAAGAAUGUAUCUUGGUGGUCAUGAGACACAAAGCCACCCAUAACUGUUUUGUCAAGUCUUUUUAUCCUUGGUUGUAAUGUGGGGAAGGUAGAGAUUAAUGCUCAGGUGAUUUCCUAGAACUUAAAAAUAAAUCAUACACUACAGUAAGGCCUUGGAUCAAUGCAAACUAAGAAAAAAACAUUGGCGUCAUUUCCUUUUUUUCAACACCAGUAUCUGACACCAGUAAUAAGUUGUGAAGUUCUCUGAAAUUCAGUUGUUAGUAGACUUUGUAGGUGUAAUUUCAUUCACCGAAACUUGACAAGCAAAAGUGAUGGAAAUAAAUUUAUUGUAAAGUUUGUAAGACUAUAUUUAUUUUCAUUACUAAAUUCCCAUAUAUCAGUGAUAUAUAGUGUAUAUAAUUAAAGGGUGAUAUUACUUAAGUUCAUUUUUAUGAUAUCUUGAUUAAGAUGCAAGUAUUGAGAGAAACACUGAACUCAAAGUGAAAUGACCUUCACGUUUAUUAUAACUACACUAUAACUGU